CUCUUCAGGCGAGUCGGGUCCCCGCGGCAGCCCGCGCUCGUAGGCGGGGUCGCAGGUGGGAGCUCGCCAGAUCGGCGGUCUCGGUCCCAGGACCGCCUCUCUGGGAGGGAGUUUGAUAUUUCCAACUCCUGGGUCCGACCGGAGCCCGUGGGAAGCGGCCGGAGACGGCACGGGGACCUGCCCCAACCUGUGGAGCCCCGUAGGCUCGGACUCCCGCGCAAGCCAAGGACGGAGCUGCCCCCUUGAAGGGCCUCUGUGACCCUCUCGCAUUCCGGGCGGCCCGUUUCGAUCCUCUGGGACCAUGGUUGGCUUCAAGCCUCCCGACGCCCCUCCCACCACAACGGUCAAGUUCUUCGGAGCCGGCACCGCGGCCUGUUUCGCCGACAUCCUCACCUUUCCCCUGGACACGGCCAAGGUUCGCCUGCAGAUCCAAGGAGAACCCGGGGCAGGGCAACCUGUGCGGUACCGGGGCGUCCUGGGCACCAUCCUGACCAUGGCGAGGACCGAGGGCCCGGGCAGCCUGUACGGCGGGCUGGUGGCCGGCCUGCAGCGCCAGAUGAGCUUCGCCUCCGUCCGCAUCGGCCUCUACGACUCGGUCAAGCAGCUCUACACGCCUGCGGGAUCGGAACAAUCCAGCAUCGCCGUCCGGCUCCUGGCGGGGUGCACGACGGGCGCCAUGGCGGUGACCUGCGCCCAGCCCACGGACGUGGUCAAGGUGCGUUUCCAGGCCUGCGUGCAGCUGGAGCCGGGAAGCAGGAAAUACAGCGGGACGGUGGACGCCUACCGGACCAUCGCCAGAGAGGAAGGGGUCAGAGGCCUGUGGAAAGGGACCGUGCCCAACAUCACCCGGAAUGCCAUCGUCAACUGUGCCGAGAUGGUGACCUAUGACCUCAUCAAGGAGUCACUGACGGACCACCACCUGAUGACGGGUGAGGCCUCUUGGCGUCUGGCGCCCAGGCAUCAGGGAGAAAUGGUCUGCAAGAAGGUAGCGCUCACAUUCAAACACAAAGGGCAGCUCCAUACUGGGUGUGUCGUUCAACGCGCACACACGCGCACACACAGAGUAAAACCUUUCGAUGAAGGAACCUCUCAAAGAACAGACUUUCUUAGGUCCUGGCACCUGCUGCGGACCAUGAUCCAGAAAGAAAACUCCCAACGGGCACGUAGGCCUUGUGGCAGAGCGGUGCUGAAACCCCGUCCUUUCUUCCACUGCCUCGAUGGGCAGGGUGGUUUGUACCACCUGCUCCGUCUGAAAUUCCAAUUUAACUCCCAACUCUCCCUGGUCUACUGUCCGCCCAGCCUCCCUCAGAAAUAACCCCGCUCACCUGGUCAUCUCCUGACCCGGCCUCGCCCGCGGGUCUCCGCUGUCCUCAGCGGCGGCUACCCUGAGGUCCUCCGGAGGCUGACCAGGCCUGGAUUAGAGAAGAGCGGGAGCCGGGCAGGCCGGGGACAGGCCCAACGGCAACGGACCCGUCCGGUCUGAACGGGACUGCGUUCCUCGGCGCCACGGGACUGGGCGGUGGGGCCGGGGUGGGUGGAUCCGGGAAGGCGACUGGGGAUGGAUGUCGGCGCUA